GCACUAGAACGAGGCUCUCAAGCAGGGAGGGUACAAGCCUGCACGGUGUCUGAAGUUCGGAGCACAGGAAUGAUGUUUCCUGAUCAUUCAGAAAGAAGUCAGAGCAUUAAAGUGAGAGAGACCAAUAGAGCAGAAAACAAGGAACUGUCACAGCAUCAUAAAAACGGGCGAAUUUACCCCCUAAAAUGAUUGAGAGAAACAGAAUAGAAAUGGGAAGUACUGUGAAGCGACGUCGGCGCUUUUUGGAAAUCAUCCUGGUUCUCGCGCUUUGUCCAUCGUGCGCCAGCGGUCGAGGAGCCGUCAGUGAUACCCUUGCUGAUUCCCUGUCAUCAGUUGGUGGCACACUACCUCACUUCCUGCAAGAACCCGAGGAUGCUUACAUAGUCAAAAACAACCCAAUCAAGCUGCGCUGCCGUGCAACUCCUGCCCUGCAGAUCUUCUUCAAAUGUAACGGGGAAUGGGUCCAUCAGAAUCAGCAUACCUCACAAGAGUACAUGGAUCAAAAUACUGGGCUGAAAAUCCGCGAAGUGACGAUCAAUGUUACUAGGCAGCAGGUGGAGGAUUUCCAUGGUCCAGAAGACUACUGGUGCCUUUGUGUGGCCUGGAGUCACCUAGGGACCUCGAAGAGCCGUAAGGCCACAGUGAGGAUAGCUUACCUUCGCAAAAACUUCGAGCAGGAUCCUCAAGGGAAGGAAGUGCCAAUCAAGGGCAUGAUUGUGCUGCAUUGCCGUCCCCCGGAGGGAGUGCCCAUGGCAGAGGUGGAGUGGUUGAAAAAUGAAGAAUCGGUCAGUUCCCUUGGAGACGACAACAUUGACACUCGUGCUGACCACAAUCUGAUAAUCAAUGAAGCCAGACUCUCUGACUCCGCCAACUACACCUGCCUCGCCAGUAACAUAGUCGCAAAAAGACGCAGUGCUACAGCUACUGUAGUUGUGUUUGUGAAUGGUGGUUGGUCUCUGUGGACUGAGUGGUCUUCUUGCAGCGUGAACUGUGGGAGAGGAGUUCAGAAGCGAUCUCGGACCUGCACUAACCCUGCUCCUCUGAACGGAGGAGCGUUCUGUGAGGGCAUGUCUGUGCAGAAGAUCACCUGCAAUGCUCUCUGCCCAGUGGAUGGAGUCUGGGAGGAGUGGAGCGAGUGGACGAUGUGUAGUGCGCAGUGUGAGAGACAGCGAUGGAGGGAGUGCAACUCUCCCCCGCCCCGUCACAGAGGCAAGAUGUGUGAGGGAGAAGGUCAGAGCAUGGAGAACUGCACAGGGGGUCUGUGUACGCAAAAUGGGAAGCUGAUGCAUGAUGUCAAGCCUCAGAGCAUGGAGAACUCUAUUGAUGUUGCACUGUACUCUGGUCUGGCUGCGGGGGUGAUCGCUGUGAUCGUCCUCAUCGUGGCCAUCACCCUCUACAGGAAGAGUCAGAGCGAGUAUGGAGUGGAUGUCAUUGACUCAUCUGCUCUUGCUGGGGGCUUCCAGUCCUUCAACUUCAAAACUACCAGACAGGGCAAUCCACUUCUGCUGAAUUCCUCCAUGCAGCCCGAUAUAACCGUCGGCCAGACGUACAGCGGUCCAAUCUGCUUUCAGGACUCCAUAGACAAAGAGCUCUUUGACCCCCUGCCAGACAAGGUCAAAGUUCAGAGCUCCUUUAUGGUUUCACUAGGUGUGGCGGACCGGGCCGAGUACCAUGUGAAAACCCACCAAGAGACCCUCCCUGCUAACCUUCACCCAAACUACAGCACAGUAGAAGGAAAGAAGAUGACCAUGAUUGCUCCUAAUGGACUUCACACACCUGGGACGACUCGGUUGAAAACAAGCGCAGUGUUUGGGCACCUGGGUGGCCGAUUGGUCAUUCCAAAUGCAGGAGUAAGCUUGCUGGUACCUCACGGGGCGAUUGCUGAUGACACCUCUUGGGAAAUGUACAUGCUCAUAAAUCAGGGGUCUAGUGCCCAAUCAGAGGAAAGGUGUGAGAUUCUGUUAGGGCCAGAGAUCACGUAUGGACCUCCGGGGCUAAACCUGUCCUAUCCUGUUGCCAUGACGAUAGCUCAUUGUGCUGAAGUCAGCGCUGAAAACUGGAACAUUAAACUCAAGAGACAAACCAAGGACAACAAGUGGGAGGAAAUAAUGUCAGUAGAUGAUGAAUCAACCUCCUGCUAUUGCCUAAUGGACUCACAUAGCUGUCACUUGUUGCUGGAUCAUCCGGGCUGUUAUGCACUGGUGGGGGAACCCGUCACCGAUGCCGCCAUAAAGAGACUAAGGAUUGCUGUGUUCGGCAGUAUGGAGGCCUCUUCCAUGGACUACAGCCUGCGAGUGCACUGUGUAGAUGACACACCGCAUGCCUUUCAGGGAGUGGUCACUGCUGAAACCAGCAGAGGAGGUCAGCUACUAGAGGAGCCCAAGACGCUGUUCUUCAAAGGAAACUGUCUCAGUCUACAGGUGUCCAUCCAGGAUAUCCCUCAGUUUCUGUGGAGCAUCAAACCCUUCACCACCUGUCAGGAAUUCUCCUUCACCCAAGUGUGGUAUAGUAACCAGCAGCCUGUGCACUGUGCCUUCUCACUGCAGAGACAUAGCGCCUCAACCACCCAGCUCUCCUGCAAGAUCAGUGUGCGGCAGGUCAAAGGUCAUGAGCAGCUCCUGCAGGUCUACACAUCAGUGGGAGAGAGUGAGAAAGAGACAGUCCCAUUUUUUAUGCAGGCAGAUUGCACGGUGACGUCACAGACAGGGGCCAAAGCCUUCAAAAUCCCCCUGUCCAUUCGUCAGCGGAUAUGCACCACCUUCGAUACUGCCAACGCCAAGGGCAAGGACUGGCAGCUCUUAGCUCAGAAACUCCACAUUCAAAGAAACCUGUCCUACUUUACCAAGCAGAAGAGUCCCUCUGCUGUCAUUCUCAGUCUCUGGGAGGCCAGGCAUCAGGACAGUGGAGAUCUUGACUCACUUGCAAGUGCUUUGGAGGAGAUUGGAAAGAUCCACUGUAAAAGUCUGCCUCAGAGUCCAGAUGAGAAAGAAACAGACUUUACGUUUUGAGGGACUAUUGAAAACCACAUGUAUCCCACCAGGUGCAGUUCGCCAGCAUCUUCAGUUUAGAGUCCAAGUGGACCCAGCUAAGGUAUCCAGUCUGAGAGAAGUCUUGGAAAGGAGGCGACCAGUCAGACAGUUUCACGUAUCUGUACAUGUGCAAAGUUGUACAUGUGGAAGUUGGCAUGAAUUCGGCACAGAUUCAACAGCUUCAAAAUGCUUUUCUCUAAGCAAACAUCAAAGUGCCAAGCCAUCACAUCUUACAUGAAAUUCCGCCUUAGCCUUUCCUGGGUGUAUAUGAUUUUUUUUUAUUAUUAUUAUUGUGAGGGAUUUGAUUGGUGGCCAGACUGGGAUUUUCUUGAGCAUUUCCAUAAUCUUUUCUAGAGAUGCACCGAUACUAAAUUUCUCCACCGAUACCGAUAGCCAAUUAUUCAGAGUGAUCUGCCGAUAACGAUACUGAUACCGAUAUUUUGGGGUUUCUGCCUUUUAUACGUUUUUUUAAUUAAUGAUAAUUUCAUUAUAAUUAAUAAUUAAUCAUUAUAUUUUUUAAUUAUUACAUUUUGAAAGUAAUGCAAAUAAAAACUUCAUUCUCUCCAUUUUAUCAACUUGUUUCAGAGUACUUGGUAUCAGUUCACAUAAACACAUUACUCAAAUUAAUAUUAACACACAUUAACUACAUUCUGAAGAUUAAAUUAAUAUUUCUUAACUUUCUGAAUGUUAUUAAUUCAUAUAAUUACUAUUAAUAUUGAACAUCAAACUGGUUUCUUAGCAUUUUCUUUACACAAAGCACAAAUGCAGUGCAUUUUCUAUAGCCGAUAGUGUUAAAAUUUGCUUUUAUCAGCCAAUACCGAUUAUUGGCCAAUAUAUCGGUGCAUCUCUAAUCUUUUCCUAUUUUUCCAACAGUGUUCCAGAGUUCUGCAGUAUUUAUAUCCCUUCUGCAUGUUACUACAGAUGUGUGCUUUGUUUGCACUAUAUGAUAUUUAGAGAAGGGAAGAGAAGGAAAUGCACUCCUGCAAACAGCCUUUUUUGCUCAUGACACAUUGUGAUUGUGGUUCACUGUGUUCUUUUAUUGUUAUUUUGCCGUCUUAAUGAGAUCAGUUGAGGAAUAAUUAUGAAUAAUAUAUGGUAAUAUAAAGAUUCUAACCUUUUUUCUGCUGUGACAGAGACCUGCGCAAUUGAAAAUAAUUUAAUUUACGCAGGUUAGGAGGUAAAAAUCAUUUACGUUUUCCCUCCGAAGACCUCAAAGCAUAACCCCACCCCACUCGCUUAAACGCAUUACUCUGUUCCUGUGAGCGUGUGUGAGUCAUCAGGAGCGGUAUCAUGUCUUUUAUAGAGAGCGUCAGGCCUGAGACUAAUAUUGACCUGAAGAAGCAUUUACUUAAGCCAUGCAAACGGCAGCACAUACCUUUUGUUAACAUUUAUAGCUUUCUUUUGAAAUGCAGCUGAAAAGGAAGAGCUCCAAAAGACCUCUGUAAAAUGAGCCUCUCUUAUCUCCUCUGACCAAAUUCCACCAUGCAGUGAGAAACACAAUGGGGGAACACGGGCCGGUGAGCAGAGAGAGUUAUAAUUAAGGUCUGAUAAAAGGAAAGGAGCUAUGUGGAAAAAUGCUGUCAGAAUUGCUGGGGGAAAAAAAAAAAAUAAAAUGUUAUGUCCUCCUUUUCCUAAUCAUCUACUUCAUUAACCUUCUCUUUCGAACAGAAAUGCCUCCAAGAGCUCAUUUUAGUUGGUUUUCAGUUUUCUAGACACUAUAAUGCUCACCACUGGUUAAAAAGUUACGCUUUAUCUCUUACACUGGAUAUUCUUCUUUUUUAGUUUUAAUAUAAGUUUUAUGAAGCAUUAAAAGGGUUGAAAAUGAAAAUUCUGUUAUUAAUUAUGACAAUUCCACACCUGUAAGACCUUUGUUCAUCUUCGGAUCACAAAUAUCUCUCUGUCUCAGCCAUAGACAGCAUUUUAACCACCACUUUCAAGGUGAAGAAAGGUACUAAAGACAUCAUUAAAACAGUCAACGUGACUGCAGUGGUUCAAUCUUCAUUUUAUGAAGCAACGAGAAUACUUUUUGUGCGCAAAAACAAAACAAUAUUAUAUUUUAAUGAUGUCUUUAGUAGCUUUCUGGACCUUAAAAGUGGUGGUUAAAUUGCUGCCAUGGAGGAGCCAGAUACCUCUCGGAUUUCAUCAAAAAUAUCUUAAUUUGUGUUCCGAAGAUAAACUAAUAUCUUAGAGGUGUGAAACGACAUGAGGGUGAGUAAUUAAUGACUAAUGAAUAAUUAAUUAAUUUCAUUUUUGGGUGAACUAACCCUUUACGACAUCUGAUUGUGCAGCACUGAGAUCAGUAGCCUGUUUGACUUGUUGUUUGCUGUUAUUUAGAUGCUGCUAAAACACCAGUUGUCCACAUAACUAUAUUAUAUAACAUAAUAUUAUGUUUGUUUUAAUUUAUUUGCAAAUUUGCUGUCACCCCCUCUAAAAUCGAUUUAAAACAUGUUAUUGUGUUUAUGAAUUUGAAAGAAAAUUGCUUUGGUGCUCAUUAAACUUAUUAAAGUUCAUAUUUAUGUCCAAAUGAUGGAACAUGAAGUUAAGCUUAAAGUACAGAAAUAAUUCUAGCAAAAAAAUAAAAUAAAAUAAAAAAAAUCUAGAAAUGGCUAUCAAACCAAACUUCUGAUUUUGCCCUAUUAUUGUAGACUGCAUUUAUAGUGGUACUAUUUGGAAAAACUAGUACAAGAGCCUUCAAACGGUAAAGUUAAUAAUAAUCCGUCCCUCGUUCAUGUUAUAUUUAGGCCUUUGCUUCAAAUUAUGAUUCUUGUGCCUUGUAUAACUUCUGUAAAUGGUGAAUGUUGUACAGGUUGAGAUGGUUCUGAAUCAUGCAAAUGUACUGUAAAAUAUCAGUAAAAACAAACAAACAUAAAAACACUAUAUUACACUGAUAUGCAGGGGUCAAGAGCUUUUCUAGUGCUAAAUAUACUUGUUUGGUAUCGCCAGGCCAGCUUUGUGGUAUAUUGUAUCUAUGAUUAUGAACAUUUUGGAUGUUUUCUGUACAGUAGAGUUUGCUGAUGUAUAUGCAGUCUUUUGGAAAUAAAUGUACAGCUGAAGAGAGCUGCAACUCUAGCAAA